AUGGCGGGCCACGACGAGAAGAAUGGAUCUGAAAAGAUCGAGUCCACACUGCCAACAUCGAUUCCUUAUUUCCGCAUGGUAUUCGAUCAGGGUGUUGUCACACAACAAAUCGCCAGUCAUCCUUACCCAGGCUCAGGAACCGACGAUGAUCCGUAUGUGGUGACUUGGAUCCCCGAUGAUCCCCGCAAUCCCAUGUUGUUCAGCCAAGGGAAGAAGUGGUUGUUCACUGGUCUGGUGGCUAUUGCGACGCUGGCUGUCGCAUUGGUUUCCUCGGCAUACUCUGGAGGUAUCCAACAGAUUGAAAAGGAGUUUGGUAUCGGAAGCGAAGUUGCCAUUCUCGGUGUGUCAUUGUUCGUUGUCGGAUUUGCUGUUGGUCCCCUUCUUUGGGCUCCCCUCAGUGAGCUGUUUGGACGUCAGAUUCUCUUUGCCACCACUUAUGCCGCCCUGACUGCUUUCAACGCUGGAUGCGCUGGCUCCAAGAAUGCUUGGACGUUGAUCAUCCUCCGAUUCUUCGCCGGUGCCUUUGGAUCUUCUCCCCUCACCAACGCGGGUGGUGUGAUUGCCGAUAUGUUCUCGGCUAAGCAACGUGGUGUCGCCAUGAGUCUUUUCGCUGCUGCGCCUUUCCUGGGCCCCGUCCUGGGCCCUAUCAUCGGUGGUUUCCUCGGUGAAAACGCAGGCUGGAAGUGGGUGAUGGGAUUCUUGGGUCUCUUCUCCGGUGCUGUUUGGAUCAUUGGAUCGGUUCUGAUCCCCGAGACAUAUGCGCCGGUCCUUCUGCGUCGCCGGGCCGAGAAGCUUUCCAAGCUGACUGGCAAGAUCUACCGCAGCCAGAUCGAGGUUGACCAGGGCAAGGUCUCGCUGAAGGAGUCGUUCAAGAUUGCGCUCUCUCGUCCUUGGAUUUUGCUGUUCCGCGAGCCGAUUGUCUUCCUCCUGUCGCUGUAUAUGGCUAUCAUUUAUGGUACCCUGUACAUGCUGUUCGCCGCCUUCCCUAUUGUCUACCAAGUUAACCGUGGCUGGAGCCCGGGUAUUGGAGGUCUCGCUUUCUUGGGAAUUAUGGUCGGUAUGCUGAUCGCUGUCAUCUACACUCUCUGGGACAACAAGCGCUUUAUCAAGGUGCAGGAGAAGCACGAGGGAUUCGCGCCGCCAGAGGCUCGUCUGCCCCCCACGAUGAUUGCUUCCGUUGCCAUUCCAAUCGGCCUGUUCUGGUUUGCUUGGACCAACUACCCCGACAUCCACUUCAUGGCCAGUAUUGCCGCCGGAGUGCCCUUUGGUUUCGGUAUGGUGCUCGUUUUCCUGGGAAUCAUGAACUACCUGAUCGACGCCUAUACCAUCUUUGCUGCCUCGGUCCUGGCUGCCAACUCCGUCAUGCGUUCCCUCUUCGGUGCCGCAUUCCCCCUCUUCACUACCUACAUGUAUCAGAACCUCGGUAUCCACUGGGCUUCGUGCAUUCCGGCCUUCCUUGCGCUUGCCUGUGUGCCGUUCCCCUUCUUGUUCUACAAAUAUGGUGCCUCAAUCCGCACACGCUGCAAGUUCGCCGCGCAAUCGGAUGCCUUCAUGCGCAAGAUCCAGCAACAGGCUGCAAGCUCUCCCUCCGAGGAAGAGGAGCUGGAGGAUGAUGACGAGACCAAGUUUGAUCGCACCGAGGCGCCUGCCCCCGAUACGACCUCUCUGUCGAGCGUCUCGUCCCACGUCGCGGAGGAGCCCAUUGCCGCUCACCGAACUCGUUCACGAGCCCAUUCAACCUACUCCACUCGCACCAAUGGGUCAUUGGCGCGUGUGGCUACCUACGAAGGCAAUCCUUACGUUGUUGACCGUGUCAACACCCGGGAAUCCUUCAAGGCAUGA